AUGGUUUUGGCAAGGAUUGGAGCGCGGACUGAAAUGUGGCGGCGUUGCAGCUGCCUGGGGCGAGCGAUCGUGCAGUCGGUGGAUCCUUCGCUUCUUUUCGGUGCCGGCCGCCCUCGCACGAAGCAGCAGGCUGAGAAGUACAAAGAACUGAAGAAUACAACCAUUCAAGCUGCCUUUCCGCACCUUGCCGCAUGUUGGGUGGGCCCAUGCUGGGGUACCGUCAUGAUCACACCGCACCACAUCUCGCCGCUUUGUUUAAAGAUAGCAGUGUGGCGCUGUAGUGAAUGCUUACAGGAGUUUGAGAUGAGUAUUGCCAAGUUUGUUGACCAGCAUGGGGUGUGUCCGCUCUGUAAAAAGCCACAGCGGUCGCUCGAGGCACCAAAUAAGGAACCGGAAACGACAAAUGGAAGUUCCACUGAGGGGAAGAAUGGCGACUUCAACUUGGGAUCGGCCGCAGCCAUGAAAAUGACAACCACAACGAAGAAUGAAGUGGUAUAUGCGAAGGCCCCACGCAUGAUUCACACAAACUACAAGAGUGUGUUGCAUGACAACCCCGAGUGGGAGGAGAUCAACAUUCAGCCCAUGCUCGCACAGAAGUGGGAGACGGUGGCGGCCGAACUCCUGAAUCCAGGUCCAGGGGAAGAGAAGGAGCUCCUGCUUGCAUCGCCUAAGAUUGAUGGUGUUCGCUGUCUUAUUGGUUACAACAGACGUAAGAAGGAACCGCAAUUCUUUUCCCGUAGUGGGAUUCUACUGGAGUGUUGCCACGGACUAGUGCCGCACGUGAUGCCGCUGUUUGAAGCCGAUCCGACGCUUGUGUUGGACGGGGAGCUCUUUGCUCCUCAAUGCAACUUUGAGGAACUGAAUGGCCUUGUGCGACGUCUGGAGAAAUUUACGACACCUGAGAUGCGAGAGCGGCAGGCGCAAUUGUUGGAGUACUUCUCCUUUGACAUCAUGCAUUCGUCGCAGCUUUCGUCGUCCAGUGCCCCUUUUAGUGAACGCUACCGGCUGCUGAAAAAGAUGGUUCCUACGUGUGGGGCAAAGCGCAUCAGUGCAUACCAGCACGAUGAGGAGAAGCGUAAAAUUAUUCGUCAGAAGCAGCGCCCCGACAAUGCUGCGGCGGAAGGUACGAUUAAACUGUACCACGUCCCUGCAGCGCAGGUGGGUGCAGAAGAGAUGGAUGAGGUCCUGGAGGAAGCAUGCUCGCAGGGGUUUGAGGGCGUGAUGAUUCGCCGUCCGGGGUUUCCAUAUGAGCAUGGGAAGCGCAGCUUUGGACUUUUAAAGUACAAAACAAUGCAUGACGCGGAGUACCGAAUAGUGGAUUUCCUUCCGGGGCAGGGCAAAUUUAGAGGUGGACUGGGUGCAUUUAUCUGCGAAACAAAGACUGGUAUACGCUUCAACGCCACACCCAAGACGACAUAUGAGAAUAGACUGGCACUCUGGGGGAAACGGCAGGAGCUCCUUGGAAAGUAUCUCACCGUGCAAUACCAGGAGUUGUCCUCGCAGGAUGUGCCACGCUUUCCCGUGGCAAAGGCCGUGCGUGGUACCUCGGAAGAAGAGUUUUUGUAA